UUCCGAAUGGAUCCUCCCUCCAAGAGGAAAGAAAAAAAAAAAAUGGCUCGUCCAGUAUAUAAGUGUACGCGUAUCGUAAAAUAGGUAGCUACCGUAGUACGUACGUAGUGGAUACAAUAACACACCUGCCGUAGUUUUAGUUGCAGUACGAGUAGUACUACUGUACGAUACGGUAUUUUGAUACCUUUCUUCGUUUUUCGCACCGGAGAAAUACGGGAGGUCUACUGCGGUGUGCUGGAAUUGCUGUACAUUACGGUACGUACUCGUACCAAAACAAAACGUGACGAAGAACCAACACACAAACUAACAACUGCAGCUCUGGCGGACACGAAACAGCAAUAGAAGGUUUGUUUCUCCCUGCUUCUGCUUGUUGUUUUCUAUUUCACUCUGCAUCGCAUCGACCAUGGGUGCUGCUCCAGAAUUCGGAACGGACGAUUCGCAGGAACCAUUCGAUAGCGACGACGCAGAUCCUCGCCCCUUCGAAGACGAAUACGAAUACGAGCACGACACCGACACCGGAGACGGCGGCAAAAACAAGGACGACGACCACCACGGAGGCGACGGCUCGUUGUCGGGGAUCCUUCGCCCCGGCUAUUCCUGCGGGAGCACCACGCUCUCCUCGCUGAUCGGCCUGGUGGUGGCCGGACUCGCGGGCACCCUGGUCGCCGACGCCUUUGGGAUGUUCUACGUCGACUGCUUCCUCCGGGCCUACAAGCUGCCCCUGAGGGUCUUUGGGAUCGGGUCGGCCAUCUUUGCGGUCAUCAACACGGCCAACGACGUGGCCGGGGCCUACUUUGUCGACUGGUACGCCUCCAAGACGGACAAGAGCCGGGACAGCCUGGUGGGCCUCAGCGGGUGCCUCUUUGCCCUGUCGGUGCUGCUGCCCUUUUUCCGGUGGGAAGGGGGGGGCAACCGCAGGGGUGGCAAUUUCUGGGACGGCCUCCACUUUGUUGGGUCGCUGAGUGUCUACGACACUAUGUUUUCCUUCAACUGCAUCCUGCAGGGAUCGAUCGUUUCCGACAACCAUUCCAUGACCCAGGGGCAGCGGAUCGCCUUUUUCGUCUGCAGGGACCUGGUGGGGAUCCUGGCCCCGCUGGUGGUCACCAAGAUCGGCCUGUCGCUCUUCGACGUGGCCAACCUGCGCCCCUUUCGGAUCUACCUGGUGGUCCUGGUGCUGGCCUCGUCGGUCCUGUCGGUCGUGGGGCAGGGGUUGAUCAACCAACACCCGAAGGACCGCCCGUCCACCGCCAAGCAACGCGGUGGAACCUCCGCAAAACGCAAGGGAGCCUACCGCCGCGUGGACACCGACGGCGAGGGCGGUGCGGCGGUUAGCAAGGACACAAGGGUUGCCGAACGCGGCGAAGACGACCACGGCAGCAGCAGCAGCGACGUUGACGACGACGGCGACGAGGGCACCCUCCGGUUCUGGCAGGUGGUCAGGGACUUUGCCUCCCACCCGAACUUUCGGUACUGGAUCGCCAUGGAGAUGCUCAUGGAGAUGCAAAACACCUUUGUGGGGAACUUCCAAAAGACCUUUGUCGAUCGGCUGCUCUACGCCGGCGGAGGGGGCCAAUGGUCCCGGGAAUCCUGCGACUGGAUGCUCGCGCUGCUGGAUCCCUCCACGCAGGUCGUGGGGCUCCUCCUCUUCCUCCCCGUCCAGCGAUACGGGUACGCGCGCAUGUACUCGGUCGUCUUUUUUACCAACGCGGUGCUGGCCUCCUCCCUGCUGCUGUGGAACGGGGCCUCGUACGGCGACGGCAACGCCGAAGGCGAAGGCGAACGCACCACCCAAGCCCUCUGGCCGGUCGCCGCCUACCUGGCCGCGAGCAGCGUCCUGUCGAACGCCAUGGCCCGGACCGGCUUUGGCCUGGCCAUGUGCGACAUGGUCCUGGAGGCCAAGCACUCCCACGUGGUCCUCCAGGGCAGGACCCGCGCGCCAUCGCUCGCCGGCCUCUUCAUGGGGGUCAACGCCCUGUUCUGCAAGCCGGCCGAAUCGGUGCUGCCGAUCCUGGCCUCCGCCUUUCUGGGGGACGGGUACAACCAGGGCACCGGCGGCGAUGCCGCGCACGCCAACACGGUCCUCUACCGGCUCAUGGUGGUUCCCCCGCUGGUGUGCUCGAGCCUGCAGCUCCUGGUGUGGUCCCGGUAUUCCCUGGUGCCGGAACGGACCGAGCGGCUCCGGAAGGAGCUGGAGGAGUGCGAGAGGCGGCGGCCGAAGCAGGACGGAGCGGGCCCCACCGGGGGGGAGGGGUCCUUCCCGGGUUUCUACCGCGACGGCACCGACGCCGACGAAGCCGGCCAGCGGCAGAUCGAAAUGAACGCGCUGCCGAGCCGCAGCAUCGGUAGGAACGGCACCGGCACAACCGCGCAUGGCUAGAACGAAGCGGCGCCAAUGCCGGUGGUCCCGCCGUCGUGUCCCUCUCCCACCGCGCCGUGUGGCAGAUCCGCAGACAAGUGUGCCGUGCUGCUUUAUACGGUAGUGCGAUCCCGUUGGUUUGCUCGAUCGAUCGAUCGAUCCAUGCUCCUCCGGCUGGCUGGAACGAAUUGCAGGGUGGGACGGCACGAAUCACACGAGAAAGAAGACAAGGGAGGGCCGGUGCCCGCGGACGCAGAACAACCGACCGAGUCCUCUCUUUGACAAAUCAGCACCAUUCUUUCAUUCAUUCAUUCAUACUGCCGGCCAACCAUGCAGUUUUCAGUGGAAGAAUCGCACCCCAGGGCAUUGUCCAUUGUCUUUGUCGUUGCGAAGCAGAGAUUUUCUCUGUGGCACGCUUUUGCGAUGCAA